CCCGAAUUCACACAGCGGCUGAAUAACAAGAUCCGGGAGCUGCUCCAGCACAUGGAGAGGGGACUCAAGUCUGCGGACCCGAAGGACUGCACCGCGUACACUGGCUGGGCAGGCAUUGCUGUGCUGUAUUUGCAUCUAUAUGAUGUGUAUGGAGACCCAGCCUACCUUCAGGCAGCCCAUGAGUACGUAAAGAAGAGCCUGAGCUGUCUGACAAGACGAUCCAUCACGUUCCUGUGUGGAGAUGCCGGGCCCCUGGCAGUGGCUGCUGUUGUCUACCACAAACUGCAGAACCAGAAGCAGUCAGAAGACUGCAUCACUCGUUUGCUCCAUCUUCACAAGCUCGACUCCCGAGUGCCAGAUGAGCUGCUGUACGGGCGCAUGGGCUAUCUCUAUGCACUCAUGUUUGUGAACAAGCACUUUGGAGAGGAAAAGAUCCCUCAGAGUCACAUUCAACAGGUCUGUGAAGCUGUUGUUGCCUCAGGAGAAAGCUUGGCCAAAAGGAGGAACUUUACAGCAAAGAGCCCACUGAUGUAUGAGUGGUACCAGGAGUACUAUGUAGGAGCAGCCCAUGGUUUGGCUGGGAUUUACUACUAUCUCAUGCAGCCUGGCCUUGGAGUAAGCCAAGUAAAACUGCACAACACAGUCAAACCCAGCGUGGACUACGUCUGCCAGCUCAAGUUCCCUUCAGGCAAUUACCCUCCCUGCAUCAAUGACACCAGAGAUCUACUCGUCCACUGGUGCCACGGGGCACCAGGUGUUAUCUACAUGCUUCUCCAGGCCUACAAGGUCUUUGGGGAACAGCAGUACCUAAAUGAUGCCCUGCAGUGUGCAGAAGUGAUCUGGCAGUAUGGGCUACUGAAGAAAGGCUACGGCCUGUGCCAUGGCGCAGCUGGCAAUGCUUACAGCUUCCUGGCACUGUAUAACCUCACUCAGAACAUGAAAUACCUGUACAGGGCCUGCAAGUUUGCAGAGUGGUGUUUCAGCUAUGGCCAACAUGGGUGCCGGACUCCAGACACUCCAUUCUCUCUCUUUGAAGGAAUGGCUGGAACGAUUUACUUCCUUGCUGACCUGCUGGUGCCAACCAAGGCCAAGUUCCCUGCAUUUGAACUCUAAACCUGAGUUUGGCAGUUUCCUGCCUGAAUCCUUCUGCACUUGGAAAAGCAGUUUGGAGCAGCUUUCUCCUCCUUCCGAACUGUUGUUUGUUCACCUAACUGAAGGGAAACCCAUCCUCCUGAGGGCAUGCUGAGUUCUCUAAUACUUCUAGUCAUCUCAUUGCAUUGCUUCCGUUUAAAAGACUGAAUGCAGGUUUGGCUGGUGUCUCUUAAAAACAGAGGGCUGCAGGUGGGAGCAGGGAGAAAAUACACAGGAUUGGGUUGGCUACAGAGUUUUGCCAUUUCCGGUAUCCCAUUUUCGGUAUCCCAUUUCCUGGGUGAAUGUUUUCUAUUGAAUG